CGUAAUUGAAGCAAUAAUAGGUAUAUUAUCUCCUAUCUUGUAACCAAGGUUAUAAAUUUUGUCUAUAUUUUUUUACUUGUUGCUUAUUACAGUUAGUGACACUAAUCUGUGAUUACAUUGUAGCGUUCUCUGCACUGUUAAAUUAUUUUCAAACAAAUGAAUAACGAAGUAUAUUUUAUUGGAGUUGAUGUGGGCUCGGGCAGUGUUCGUGCAGCUCUUGUAAAUGAUAAAGGUCAUGUACUGAAAACAUCUGUUAAAGAGCUCCAAACAUGGAAACCAAAAGUUGAUUACUAUGAACAAUCAUCCAACAAUGUAUGGGAAUGCUGUGUAUUUGUUAUUAAGAAUGUCAUUGUUAAUGUAAAUGUAGCAAACAUAAAAGGCAUUGGUUUUGAUGCAACCUGCUCUUUAGUGGCAUUAGACAAAAAUGGCAACCCAUUAGCAGUCAGUGAUUCCAAUAACAACGAACAAAACAUUAUAAUGUGGAUGGAUCACAGGGCUCAAGUGGAAGCUGAUAUUAUUAAUAAAACCAAUCAUGAAAUACUUAAAUAUGUUGGUGGAAAAGUGAGUUUAGAAAUGGAGAUGCCCAAACUGCUAUGGUUAAAAAAGCAUCUUUCAACAAAAUGGUCAGAAUUUGGACACUUUUUUGAUCUUCCAGAUUUCUUGACAUGGAAAGCUACGGGAUCCUUAAGUAGAUCAUUAUGUUCUCUAGUUUGCAAAUGGAAUUAUGAGUGUUCGGUUGAUGGAAAACAUGGUUGGAAUAUGAGUUAUCUAUCUAAAAUUGGUUUAGAUGACCUUGCAGAAAACAACUUUGAAAAAAUUGGUAAUAAAGUGUUGAUGCCAGGAGAGAAAUGUGGUGGUCUCACAGUAGAAGUUGCUAAUACACUUGGUCUAAGGCCAGGUACCCCAGUUGCAACUUCAAUCAUUGAUGCUCAUGCUGGUGGUCUCGGUAUGAUAGGUUCACAUGGUGAAGGCAUAGAUAAGAACAUGUCUAGUCGUUUGGGCUUGAUUUGUGGGACUUCAACAUGUCAUAUGGCUGUUAAUGAAAACCCUAUUUUAGUUCAAGGUAUAUGGGGUCCAUAUUUCAGUGCAAUGGUUCCAAAUAUGUGGCUUAAUGAAGCAGGUCAAAGUGCCUCUGGAAUGUUAUUAGAUUAUAUUAUAUCCAGCCACCCAGCUGGUGUUAAAUUAUUGAAAGUACAUAAUACUGGAGAUGUCCGUAAUCAUCUUAGAGGGUUACUUGUAAAAAUGGCAAACUCUCAUGGUUUGAAUGAUGUAAGUUUGUUAACUAAAGAGUUUCAUGUUUGGCCAGAUUUCCAUGGAAAUAGAUCUCCAUUAGCAGAUCCUAACAUGAGAGGUAUGAUUGUUGGAUUAUCCAUAAAUGAUAGUGAAGAAAACCUCGCCUUGCUGUAUCUUGCCACAUUACAAGGUUUAUCGUACGGUACCAGGCAUAUUAUAGAUGCAUUGACGAAGGCUGGCUAUCAACCCUUCAAGUCACUACUUAUCUGUGGUGGAAUCACAAAGGAUCCUCUUUUCGUCCAAAUACAAGCUGACACUGUUGGAUUGCCUAUAUUGAAACCACAUGAAAAAGAUUCUGUUUUGGUUGGGUCUGCCAUAUUGGGCGCUUGUGCUUCUUUAUAUUUUAAUACUGUUAAAGAUGCUAUUGAAAAUAUGGGUGGUACAGCCGAAGUUAUACAUCCAAAUUUGAAUAUAAAAACAUUUCAUGAUAAAAAAUACGCUGUAUUUUUACAAAUGUUUCAAGAUCAAUUAAAGUACAGGACUAUUAUGGAUUAAGUAGUGUUUCUGUUAAGGUUAUUGUUUAAUCAUGUCAUGAGACUCGGAGGAUCAAAUAAGGAAGUCUUCUUUUGUACAUAAAUAAAAAAAUAAUCAUUAAGUAAAUAGUACCCCAAAGUGUUAUAUUAAAUAUACAAUUAUCUACAUA